AUGUCAUCCAGACCCAAGUUAACAUCGUUGGAUGCGUUCGCCAAGACGGUAGAGGAUGCGCGCAUCAGGACUGCCUCCGGAGGCAUCAUCACCUUGGUGUGUGUGUUGAUCGUGUUGUUACUCAUCCGAAACGAGUAUGUUGACUACACCAGUGUGAUCACCAGACCCGAGUUGGUGGUGGACAGAGACAUCAACAAGAGAUUGGACAUCAACUUGGACAUCUCGUUCCCCGAAAUCCCUUGCGAGAUCCUCUCGCUCGACUUGUUGGACGAGAGUGGCGACGUGCAGUUGAACAUCUUGAAAUCUGGCUUCGAAAAGUUCAGAAUCACAAAGAACCCAGACGGCACCCCAGGCCAGGAAUUGCCUGCUACCGACAGCAUUGCUUUGAACAAUGACAAGUCGUUGAGCGAGAUGGCCAAGCCCGUCCCUGGAUCCGACUACUGUGGUUCGUGUUACGGAGCCUUGCCCCAGGACAACAACGAAAACUGUUGCAACGACUGUGAAACCGUCAAGUUGGCGUACGCAGAAAAGUUGUGGGGCUUCUACGACGGUUCCAACAUCGAACAGUGUGAAAGGGAAGGAUACGUCACCCGCUUGAAUGAGAGAAUUGCUGCUAACGAAGGCUGCCGUGUUCGGGGCUCCACCCAGAUCAGCCGUGUGUCUGGUACCUUGGACUUUGCUCCUGGUGCUUCUUUCACUUUGAGGGGCAAGCAUGUGCACGAUUUGUCCUUGUACGACAAGUUUGAGGACAAGUUCAAUUUCGACCACACCAUCAACCACUUAUCUUUCGGCAACGACCCCAUUUCACGGGACUUGGUCCAGUCGACACAUCCUUUGGAUAGCUACCACGUGGUCGACGGCUUGAAGCAACAAGUGUACGACUACUACCUCAAGGUUGUGGCCACCAGAUUCGAGUACUUGAAGGGAGGCCAGCCUUUGGACACCAACCAGUUUUCGGUGAUCACCCACGACAGACCACUUAUGGGUGGCAAGGAUAAGGACCACGAGCACACCUUCCACGCCCAAGGUGGAGUUCCAGGGGUGUCAUUCCACUUCGACAUCUCGCCAUUGAAGAUAAUCAACCGUGAACAAUACGCAAAGACCUGGUCAGGCUUCGUGCUUGGAGUCAUCAGUUCCAUUGCUGGUGUGUUGAUGGUCGGAACUGUGUUAGACAGAUCUGUGUGGGCUGCUGAGAAGGCGUUGAAGGGCAAGAAGGACUUGUAA